AUGAACAAAAAUGAGUCGACAAGUAGAUAUGGACCCCUCGUCGGUGCAAUCGAUGAAGGGACAAGUAGUGCUAGAUUUUUGGUGUUUGCUGCAAACACAGCAGAAGUAUUGACAUAUCAUCAAGUUUCAAUAUCUCAGUCGCAUCCAAAGGAAGGAUGGGUGGAACAAGAUCCUAUGGAAAUACUUAGGGCUGUUAGAGAAUGCCUCCAUCAAACUAUAUUCAAUUUAAAACAACUUACCAUAGAUCCUAGUGAUAUAGUUGCAAUUGGUGUAACAAACCAAAGAGAAACUACAGUUGUAUGGGACUCUGUUACAGGAGAACCAUUAUAUAAUGCUAUAGUCUGGAUGGACAUGAGAACAACUUCAGUAGUAGAUGAUAUAUUGAAGAAAAUACGUAAUCAAAAUAAAAAUUAUUUGAAACCACUUUGUGGUCUACCAAUUAGUCCAUAUUUCAGUGCUUUGAAGUUAAAGUGGUUAUUACAGAAUGUACCUUCUGUUCGAGAAGCACUAGAUACAGAACGAUGUAUGUGUGGUACAAUUGAUUCUUGGUUAAUCUGGAAUUUAACUGGAGGAACAAAUUUUGGUGUUCAUGCUACUGAUGUUACCAAUGCUUCAAGAACAAUGCUAAUGAAUAUCACAACAUUAAAAUGGGAUCCAACUUUGUUACAGUUUUUUAGUAUACCGCCAGAAAUAUUACCAGAGAUUCGUAGUUCAUCAGAAAUUUAUGGUUAUAUUCAGGAUGAUAUUCUAGCUGGAGUUCCAAUAUCAGGAUGUUUAGGUGAUCAACAAGCAGCACUUGUGGGUCAAAUGUGUCUACAAAGAGGUCAGGCAAAAAGCACUUAUGGCACUGGUUGUUUUCUUUUAUAUAAUACUGGAACUGCUAUUGUAGACUCAUCUCAUGGUUUACUGACAACAGUUGCUUACCAAUUAGGACCACAAGCUCCACCUGUAUAUGCCCUUGAAGGUUCUAUAGCAAUAGCUGGAGCAGUUAUUCAGUGGUUAAAAGAUAAUCUAGGUAUAUUAGCAGACAUAAAGGAAUCUGAAGUUGUAGUUGAACAAGUUGCUGCAGAUAAUCAUGUUACAUUUGUGCCUGCAUUUGCUGGGUUAUAUUCUCCAUAUUGGAGAAAAGAUGCAAGAAGUGUUAUAUGUGGAAUUACAGAGGACACUAAUAGUGCUCAUGUCAUAAAAGCAGCAUUGCAAGCCAUUUGUUUUCAGACAAAAGAUAUUUUGGAAGCCAUGAAAGAAGAUACUGGAUUAACGUUGUCUAAAUUGCUAGUAGAUGGUGCAAUGACUAACAAUAAUCUAUUAAUGCAAAUGCAAGCUGACAUUUGUGGAAUUCCAAUUGUCAGGCCUUUAAUGUGUGAGACUACCGCACUAGGAGUUGCAAUAGCUGCAGGAAGUGCAGAUGGUAUACGUAAAUGGAAUGUGAAAACACAUGCAGCUGUACCAAGUGAUACUUUUGUUCCAUCAAUAACAGAAAAUGAACGAGAUAUACUGUAUUCACAAUGGAAAAUGGCCAUCGAUCGUAGUUUAGGUUGGGAACCAGUAUCAAAUGCCAAUGUUGAUACAAAGAAUAUUCAUAAGGCAACUGCCCCUGGUAUUUUUAUGAUAAGUACAAUAAUAUUACUUAUGAUUGCUAAGCAUCAUUCUGUGUUGUGA